AUGAGAACCUACAGAGCCUACUGUGGAUAUACCUGCAGUACACAGAUGUCCUUAAAGCCGUGGAAGACAUCUGCAGUGUUGGCGUGUCAGAGUUGACGAACACCACGAAAGAUGGACAUUCCUCCACCUAUCCAACCCUAAACAGACAAACCUUUGUGGUGUAUUUCCGAGUCUUGAUGGACAAGCUAGAAAAGUAUGUGAGGAAUAUUCCAGUUGGAAAAAAAGUCGGACAGCCUGCAGGUUCAGGCUGAACGUCUUCUACAGUGGAGCUUGGCAGUCCGCAAUUUCCACAUCCUGGUCAACCUGAUCAAGGUGUUUGACACACGGCCAAUGUUAAGCAUUUGUCUAAAGUAUGGGCGCCUCUUUGUGGAGACAUUUCUUAAAGUGGGUAUGCCUCUCCUGGACUGCGGCUUCAAGAAGCACAAGGAUGAUGCACAAAACAUGCUGAAAAUCUUGCAGCUCUGCACCCGGCAGCUUCACCACAUGUGUGGUCACUCCAAGAUCCACCAGGAUGCCGGGCUCACCACACACGUCCCUCUCUUAAAGAAGACCUUGGAAAUGUUUGUGUACAGAGUGAAGGCCAUGUUGACGCUGAACAAUUGUCAAGAGGCCUUCUGGCUGGGAAACCUGAAGAACAGAGACCUCCAGGGUGAGAAGAGAUCUUAUCACAAACUGCACAGGAAAGCGAAACGGAGGAGGAGCAGCAAGAAUCACAGCUUCCUGCAGAGGAACAGGAGGCUGAAGAGGUACAGA